UGACUCACAAGAGGUGGUUAUAUACCCAAUGAUUAUGACGAUCUCGACGGAAGAAGAAAUGGAAAGUGAACAGUCAUUCAGGGUUAUAUCGCAACCAACAGAGGCACCGAGAGGACAUCACCAACACCACCAGACCGGCGUCGACUGGGUAGCAACUUGACACCACGAUGGGCCUCACCAAGGCCGAAAACUCGCCUGGCCUCUCGUUCGAAUUCAACAACACUCGCCAGCACUAUUCGCCCGGCGACGUGAUCAGCGGCCGAGUGAUCCUCAAUACUGCCGCCGACAGUGCUAUUGGCAAGCUGGUGGUUUCAUUCUGGGGCCGGGCAAAGUCGCGGAUCAUCCAGCAGCACGGCCAGACCGUCACCUACCACCGGGGUCGGACCCAGCUCUUCAAGAAGGAGUUGCUUCUGUACGAGGGCCAGUACACCCACAAGCCCGGAUCCUUCAGCUGGCCGUUUGAAUUCGUGGUGCCCGAACACGCGGAAGCAACGAGUAUCUUGAGCGGCGAGAGAUGGAAGCCCAAGGAUCAUUACCGGGCGACCACGGAUGAGAACAACCUCGACCUCACUCUUCCACCCUCGUGCUACCACAGGAGACACAUGUUCGGUCGUCAGGCCGAGUGUUUCAUUGAAUACGUCCUCGACGCGACUCUGACCGAACCCGAAGGUCUACACCAUAUCCGCGGACCCCAGAGCAAGGUGUCCAGCUAUCCCAUUGUCUUCCACCCAUUAUCCACCCCCGAACCCAUUGAGAACUAUAGCCUCACCACCGAUCAACGCCUCUUCACCAUCUCGACGCUGAAGCUUCUGCCCGAACACGCAGGCACCAGCCUCGGGUUCAGGGAUCGCGCCCGCUCCAUCUUUCAGCGCGACUCCAUCCCCAGGUUCUCAUUCAGCUUGGCCGUCCAAGCACCUGGCAUCAUUCAGCUCUUCCACCCAAACCACAUCCCAUUCCUGAUCACUGCGACACCGGACUUGUCCCCCGAAAACACUACCAUCGACACCUCGACGUCUCUUCCCACCGUAAUUCUUCGCUCCGCCAAAAUCGAGUUGAAGACGCAUGUUCGCUGCCGCGCGGCGGGCACAUUUCCCGACAGCAAGACCUAUGAAAUUCCCGUGUUGCCGUCCAAAGCUCUAAACCAUCCACUGAUCAUGACGCAUGGCACAACGACCGCCUCGGAGGCGACACUUGACCUCGGAAAAUUGUGCGACCUUCAUCUUGGUAACGCGAAGCUGGGUUCUCGUCUGGAGACGCCCAUGUGCCCGAAUUUCACAACCUAUAACGUUUCAAGGUCUUAUCAACUCUUGUGGGAGCUCGAGAUUGAGUGCGCCGAGAAAACGGAAAAGUUCUCCUCGGUGAAGAACGGACCUGAAAUCGCCAUCAUUUUGCCUCCGGCUACGGUACGGGUGGAGAGUGAAUUAGACGGCAAUUUGCUACUGGGUGGAGACCUCAUGCAGGCUUUGUCGACGGAGAGCACAGGAUCUGGAUCCAGCUCGGGAUUUUGGUCUCGCCGCAGCCAUGAAGGCAGGGCCGCAGGCGAGAAGGAGAAAGCAAAGUUUGGGCCACCGAGUCCCUCGAGCAUCGGGGCCGGGAUUGGCGCUCUAGGGAUCGGUGGCGGCAAGAAACCCAAUAAAUCCAAAGCAGAAGAAGCAGCUGAAGAUCGGGCACGGGCACGUCUUGAGGCAGUCCAAGCUUCGUAUCAAGGGCGCCAUCAAAUUUCGUCCACCAGAGGACGAGACGAUAGCCAUGACGCUGUGGCAGAUGCCUAUUUACCAACCACAAACCCGAGUCUGCCAGAAACCACUGGACCCGCGACAGCAACAAUCACAGUGACAGACACGGACGCGGACCAACAGCUGCCAAGAUAUGUCCCAUGAGAAAGCGCCUUUUUGUCCAAAUGAUCUGAUGGGCACAUUCUUGAUCCUCUUCAGCAACUCAGCGCGUUUGGUACACGCGACUACCGACUUUAAUUCUUCUUUCCUGGCGUUGCAGGCCUUUGCUGCGUCUUCAUAUUGCUUGUUCUUGGGUUUGUUGUGAUCUGAAACUCUGCUGGAAAAUGCGUUCGUCAAGGACAGAGCGGUAAAAACCUGGGAUUUGACGUUGAAGGCGCCCGAAGGACAGCAGCUGCCUGGUUUGUGGCCUUUUGGUCUGUUACAAAGGGACGUGGGUUCUCGACUGUUUUUCAACGAUUCAUAUUGGAUAUGAUUUGGUAAAGCCCGUGUCUACUCGGCGCGGAGGCGUCUGGUACAGUAUUUUGACAUCUUCUUCAGCGCACUCUACGUCUUAGGUAUAAUGACCUUCGCUUCUCUUCGGUGACAGGGUAGUCGAUUUGACCCCUCGAAAAUGUAAUAUCUGUAACAGGGUGCUGGGAAAUACUAGGACAGGUUACAGCCGGGCGCAGGAGCUGAGGGGCUGGUGGGAAAGCAAAGUGGUCGUAAUAAGAGAACCCUUUUCGGAGUUGAAAAGCAUGCAGUGUGUAUGAUAUAUGACUUUUAGGGUUGGUAUGUGGUAACGGGCCAAUAUCAACAAUGCGACUACUAGCAAUCGGAGGAGGCAUUUGCCA